AUGUUUGUCCCCUCCCCAGCUUCCGGCACCGCCCCGCCACCCGGGUCGCUCACACGCCUCGGCCCGCAGGUUCGAGAAAUCGCUGAAAGCCUGCGGGAGUGCCGCAAGGAGAUCAAAGGCUCGGACAUGGAUCUCAAGGCCACCGCCUUGCUCAAGCUCACCUAUCUCGAGAUGUUCGGGCACGACAUGUCUUGGGCAUCGUUCAACGUGCUGGAGGUCAUGUCUUCUCCAAAAUACGGCCAUAAGAAAAUCGGCUACCUGGCUGCCGUGCAGAGCUUCAGGCCCGACACCGAGGUUCUGAUGCUGGCGGAGAAUCUGCUCAAGAAGGACCUGAGCUCUCCCCAACCAACAACCAUCACGCUUCCUCUAUCCGCGAUUCCGCAUGUCAUAAACCCUUCCAUGGCAAACUCGCUUCUUUCCGACCUGUUGCCGCGGCUCUCCCACUCGCAUUCUUCGAUACGCAAGAAGACCGUCGUCACGCUGUACCGCCUUGCCCUGGUCUACCCCGAGACGUUGCGGCCUGCAUGGCCCCGGAUCAAGGAACGCCUGCUGGAUGACGACGAAGACCCGAGCGUGACGGCUGCCAUCGUAAACGUUGUCUGCGAGCUCGGUUGGAGACGGCCCCAGGACUUCUUACCUCUGGCCCCGAGACUGUUCGACCUCCUUGUCCAGGGCGGGAACAACUGGAUGGCUAUCAAGAUCAUCAAGCUGUUUGCUACUUUGACCCCUCUCGAACCGCGCCUUAUCAAGAAACUCCUCCCUCCGCUCACUGCAAUAAUCAAGACGACCCCCGCCAUGUCUCUUCUGUACGAGUGCAUCAACGGCAUCAUUCAAGGUGGUAUUCUCGAGGGCGCUGAAGGCACUACGGAAGGAGAGGAGAUAGCUCGGCUGUGCGUAGGAAAGCUGCGAGGCAUGCUGGUUGUCGAAGGGGAUCCCAACCUGAAAUACGUCGCCCUGCUUGCUUUUGACAAGAUCGUGCGAUCGCAUCCCCACCUGGUGUCCCUACAUCAAGACGUGAUUCUGGAAUGCAUCGAUGACGCCGACAUCUCAAUCAGGUCACAGGCACUUGGUCUGGUCGUUGGCAUGGUCAAUCCCGACAAUCUUACCGUAAUAGUCGGAAAACUUAUCCGGCAGCUUCGGAACGCACCAAGAGCAUCCGCAGCCGAUGACCCCCUGAACGACCGUGGAUUCCACGAGGGAGUGAUGCCGGCUGCGGACCCGUCUGAUGACGAGGCUGAGGAAUCCAUCCGUCGAAAUGAAAAGACGAAGGACCAACCGCCGCCUCUUCCCGAGGAUUACCGGAUCAAGGUCAUCAAGGGCAUCCUCGAAAUGUGUUCCCGCGACACGUAUGCGAACAUCGUCGACUUUGACUGGUACAUCGACGUCCUUGUUCAACUCAUACGCGUCUCGCCUUCCUCGAGAUCGGCGUCGCUGGACGAGAAUUUGCCGGAAUCGGACGGCACGUCCAUGGGCGACAAGGACGACGUAUCCUUCGAGAUCGGAAAAGAACUCCAGAAUGUUGCGGUCCGCGUGAAGGCUGUCCGGCCGGACGCAACGGAAGCUGCGCAGUCCCUGAUCCUUGUCGACCGCCGAGAUCAAAUGUUUCCCUCAUCAGGAAAUGGAGGCCAAGGCGUUCUGGGCGCAGCGGCUUGGAUGGUGGGCGAGUACGCCUCCCAUUUGACAAACCCGGAGGGCGUUCUCAACUCUUUGAUGCAUUCGUCAUCUGCACUCCUCCCACAUCACAUCCUCGCCAUCUACCUCCAGGCAGUCCCCAAGGUCUUCGCUUCGGUAUCCUCGAACGAGCAGAUCUCGUGGACGUCUGAGCGCAAAUCCACCAUCGUACUCCUCAUGGCUCGAAUCGUGCAUUUCCUUGAGCCACUGGCCAUGCAUCCGAACCUGGAAGUUCAAGAGAGGGCGGUGGAGUACCUAGAGCUGAUGCGCCUUGCGUCCGAAGCAGCUUCCGGGCAAGAAGCUGGACCGAGGGAUGGCGAUUUUGUCGACCCUCCAUUGCUUCUCACACAAGCCAUCCCUUCCCUGUUUACGGGUCUCGAGCUCAACCCGGUCGCGCCCGGAGCACAGAGGAAGGUGCCUGUGCCGGACGAAUUGGAUCUGGAUACGCCCAUCAACCCGAAUCUCCCGAAUCUUUUGCGCAAGGCAAAUUAUGAUUCGUUCGUCCUGCCUGACGAGGAUGAUGUAUACCAGUUUUACAGUCAGAGAAGGGCAGUGCCUACACAGUCCGAGGCGGCUGCUGAUCGCCUGGACGCACCCGAAACAGAGGCCAAAUCCUACCAAGCAGGCGCGGCCGAGGAAGAAUACCUGGACCCGGACAUCAUUGCAAGGAGGAAAGCCGAGCGUAGAGCAAGGAACAAAGACGACCCGUUCUACAUUCCUGCCGAAGACGAGCUCUCGGGGACAUCGACGCCACUUCACAACAUCCUCAAGACCAACAAUGGCGAAGAUCUCGACCUCGACUCGAUACCGAUCAUGGACCUGGACUUGGAGACAAAGGGCCAUCUUGGAGGAGAGUCCAGGGGCCGUGCAGAAGCACCGGCCAGGCAGCAGAAGAAGAAGGUGCGCAAGAAGUUCGAGAUUCUCGUGGACGAGAACCUGGGGCCAGACGAGCCGGGUGCAGCAUCGGACUCGUCGCGGCCGGAGCUGGCCAGACCAACACAAAAGGCCAAGAAGUCGCUGCUGGAGGUUGACUCCACGGGGCUGGCUUCGUUGUCACUCGAGGAAACGGGCAACAGCAAGCUGGACAUGGAGCGGCGGGAGGCUGAGGAGGCAGAGAUGGCGAAGGCAUUGAAGGAGGUGGAAAGGCUUCGGCUAGAGAUGCAGCGGGCGAGCGAACGAAUCCAGGCAAAGGACGUGCCGCCCGAGGGACAGCUGGUCAAGAGGAAGAAGAAGAGGGCCAAGAAGGAGGCCAAAGGCGAGGCGGAAGCGGUGGAAGACGGGCAGCAAGCUGGGGGCGAGGGCGAGGGCGAGGGCGAGGCGACAACAGUCAAAAAGAAAAAGAAGACGAAGAAGAGCAAGAAACAGGAGGACGGGGUUGCGGCAGCGGAAGGGCAAGAAGAAGGCAAGGCCAAGAAGAAAAAGAAGAGGCCGGUGGUGGUGGGCGCUGGGGAAGGCGCUGGGGAAGGCGCAGCCGAGCAGGCGGCGGCGGCGGCGGCGGGAAGCUAG